AUGAUGUUGAAUCAAACGGCACCACCUUCACAACAACAACAAACAAUUUAUAUGUCAAAUUCAAAUGUAACAGAUAAUCAAAUGAUGAAUACAUCUUCAAAUUCAUCAUCAACAAAUAUGACAAUGAAUUCUAUUCAAUCAAAUUUAUUUAAUCAUCAAAUAAAUGCUUAUAAAUAUCUUAUACGUAAUCAAACUAUACCUGAACAACAUCUUAUAGCUAUUAAACGUAGUCAACAACCACAACAACAAUUUUAUCCACCAAAUGCUGUUAUUACAAAACAAUCAUCUAGUCCAACAGUUGAUACUCGUUAUAAUUCAUCAAUUAAUACAACUACAAAACCACCAAUAAAUAAUGGUACAAAUUUACGUUUUCAAACACAACAAAAUUAUUAUUCACCAUCUGUUCAAGUUAAUGGAAAUUCAAAUAUAAAUUAUCAAACAGGAACUGUUCAAACAUCAACAAAUAUUAUUAAUCAAACACCAUCAACAACUGAGAAUGUUUUAACAAAUGUAUCACUUCCUUCAACUAAUACAACAACAGCAGCAACAACAACAACAUCAUCAACAUUAUCAUCAACAACAAAUCGUAUGAAUAAUCUUCGUUUAACACCAAUACAAAAACCAACUGGUCUUGAUAUACAAGAAAUUCUUGUUGAACGUGAUCUUCGUAUACAACAUAAUAUAGUUAUACGUAUAAGUGAACUUGAAAAACUUCUACCAACAUUAAUACAAGAUGAUUUACGAAUGAGAGCUAUGAUUGAACUUAAAGCACUUAAAUUAUUAAAUUUUCAAAGACAGCUUCGCACUGAAGUAGUAACAUGUAUGCGUUUGGACUCAAGUCUUGAAACCGGUAAUAAUCCACGUUUAUAUAAACGUUCAAAACAAUUUGGUAUGCGUGAAGCACGCGCAACAGAAAAAUUAGAAAAACAACAAAAAGCUGAAAUUGAUCGUAAACGUCGUCAAAAACAUCAAGAAUAUUUAACAGCUGUAUUAACAGUUGCACGUGAAUUUAAAGAAUUUCAUAAAUCUGUACAAUUAAAAACAAAUAAAUUAGCACGUUCAAUAUUAUCAUGGCAUCAAAAUACAGAACGUGAACAAAAAAAAAGAACAAGAAAAACGUGA